GUUGAUAAUAUUCAUUAGACCCUAAUACCAUAAACACAUAAUGGGGCCAUAUAUGCAAUCUACAGUUUGCAUUCCUCAGUGUUCAGAUACAGUACCGCAUUCUACAGUCACACUUGGAGCUCACAAGACAUUUCUGUGACUUCCUGUUCAUCUUGUUCUAAUCUGUCAGUCAGUGAUUGGUCAGCAGGAGUUUUACGUAGAUUGCUGCAGCCAAUGAGUUUGAUUCCAAUGGUUCCAAAAGCCUCCAAGAUGCCAGAACUACAUGUAUAUAAGGAUGCAACAGAAUUGGAAACCUCAUCGACACAGAGAGCUGGGAGAGAGAAGGUGGGAAUGGCAGCAGGAUAUGCCCACCUUCACUGUGAAACUUGACACUAAUGAUGAAUUGUUUUCUUGUGUUCCAGGUUCGAGGAAGGAAACAUGAUGCUGGUGUGGGUUUUGGUGCUGACCGCACUGCUUGCCAGUGAUGUGACAGGAGCAAACAAUUCUACCGAACCAGAGGAGACUCUGCAGAACCUUGGAUGUCAUGGACCAUGUCUUCCAUUUUGGCAUUACGAUCAUUGUACAAAAUCCUGUUACCGUUUUUUCCAACAGAAAAAGACAUGGGCACGUGCUGAGCAUCACUGCAGAUGUAUGGGAUCUCGUGGACGUCAUGUACAUCUGGCUUCUAUCACGUCGUGCCAUCAAAACUCAGUAAUUUCCCACUUGAUCAGGCCUGGGUGUUGGGGAAUAGAACGCGCUUGGAUUGGUCUCAACGACAUAUGCUGUGAAGGUCAUUUCAAAUGGACUGAUGGAUCUGCGUACAGUUACUCAAGCUUUGCUUGUGGAGAACCUAAUAACCUUUGCAACGAAGAUUGUGUGGAAACUAACUGUAGCGGUGUGGGAUUGUGGAAUGAUCUGUCAUGUAACGUACGCAGGAGUUUUGUUUGUUCCUACAGAACGUGCCACAAUUAGAAGACUCCAGAAUCAUUCCCUCAUCCUUUCCAGCAGUGGAUCCAGUGCUUUGAUUUCUUUGUAGCCGCUCUCACUGUCUGUGGUGACUAUAAUCAUUUAGCUUCUCAGCCAAUAAUAAAGAGAACUGCAUCA